AUGGUUGGGGUAGUGUAUUCUCUGCACAAUUAUUUGUUAUUCAAAUAUCCUAAAAUUCUAGGCAAUCAAGAAGCGCAAUAUUACACAGAUCGAGUUGAAAAUGUUGGAUGUCAAGGUCGACGAUUGAUUAUCGAAGCACGUCGCGAAGAUUAUGGUGGCUGCCACUUCGCAUCAGCUCGACUGAAAUCGAAGAAUGCAUGGACCUAUGGAUGUCCUCAGACAAAAGCUAAAUUACCAAAUGGUAGAGGUCUAUGGCCGGCCAUUUGGAUGGUGAAUAAUGGAGAUAUCGAUGUUAUGGAACAAGUUGGUUUUGAACCGAAUAAAAUUGUAUCGAGUGUGCUUACGGCAUCAUUCAAUCAUAUGAAAGGUUCCCAACCAACAAAUAGUGUUCAUGUUCAUGAUGUUUGCGAUAAUUUCAAAAUCUACACUCUCGAUUGGACUUCUGAUAAACUAGAAAUGUUUGUUGGUGAUGACAAUAAUCCGUUUGAAAAACGAGUUCUCAUUUGGCAAAAGAAUGGACAUGAUUGGAAAGGAUGA